AUUUUGUUUGCUUUGAUUGACUUGACUGCCGAUUUCGCUUGCAAACCCAGCGAAAUAAGUGGAAUUUAUAAUUAAUUAAACGAAUUCCCAUUAAUUUGUGGCAUUACAAUUUAUUUUUAUAACUAUAAUUUUCAAUUUUCGCUGUGCAAAGUCUUCCGCGUUGGAAUUUUGGUACUGCUAAUUACUUGUAGACAAUUAGUAAUUUUUUGCAGUUUUAAUCGUAAAUAUUGUUACGAUAUAGCUUACGUUCGCUUAAUUAGCGUUGUUGCUUCAAAUUGGUACAUAUACAUUGUACAAGUGGUAAAAUUAACGGCGUUUUUUGAGUGUGUAAAGAAAUUUUCUGAGCAACCAUGAACCAGGGUCUGAUAUCCCCUCGCCUGAUGGUUGGAGCAGCAAUUGUGGGCAUCGUAGGGGCAGCUGGAGUCUUUAUAUACGAACAGAUUUACGCCGAGAAGAGGAGAGCUAUGCUAGUGAGAGAAGUAGCGAGACUGGAUAAACAGGUUUCUUCCAUGAAGACUGAACUUGAAAACUUGAGGGAGUUACAGAAAGAAACCACGUUGCGACGGCUCAAACAGAAGAAAGUGCGUCGUGAACGCCCCGUGCGGAAGGUACCCAGCUCCGGAGACAAGGUGGAGGUCACAGAGCACAGUUACGCCUCAGACUCCGAGUAUUUCACUGACUACCAGUCUGUGCUGGGAGGCACAGACGGCGAGCUGGACAGCGAGGAGUUCUACGACGUGCCCACAGACGAUGAUGAAGAUGACACGCUGCGGGAGUCGUUGCGAAACGGACACGCGGGCAAUGAACUACCUGAUGAGGAAGUAUCAGAAAAUGAUAAAGUCGAAAAGCCAGUCACCGCUACCAAAAAUGCGACAUAGCUGUGUAAAACAUAGUGCAGUGUGAGUCAACGCUAGAGGGCGGUAGUGUGUUAGCGUAGUCGGGGAUGGGAACCACCGUAGAUAGUUCAAGACUUAAACAAUUACUAAGAUAACUAAUUAUAGCCAUACAUUACAUUGGAACGGCUUGAAUUUAAAUAGUUGCCAAAGGAUUUACAAACUUAUUGCUUACGAAUAGAGCAUAUAUUUCAUUGUUUUCCUUUACUUAGGACAUUUUGAUAUGUUUAGCUGCGGAUUUCAAUGUCUAUUUACAUAAUUUAUAUGAAGCUGUCAAAAUUCGGAAGACGCUGGAUGCAGGUCGCCUCCAACAGGUAUCUGUGGAGAUCUAAGGGGGAGGCCUGUGUUCAGCAGUGGACGUCCUAUGCCUGAGAUGAUGAUGAUGAUGAUGAUGAUAAUGUCAAAAUUCAAUCCCUAAUCGCCAACUAUGGAUCGAUUGGUUAUCGAAAUUCGCAGUAAAUUGACGUCUGUCAGUAGACCUAUAUUUGAGUAAGCUUUUAACUUAAGAUAAACAACCUUGAUAUGACUUUUUAUUCAAAAUUCAGUAAAAAAGUAAAAUGCGGCUUAAAAUCAAUGUAAAUAAAAUAAUAAUAAUUACUUAAAUAAUUGAAACAUUGUUUUAACCGGUAGUUUAUUUUUAAAAUGUGCGUUUGGUUAAAAGUCCUAUCAAGUCUGUUUACCGACCAGUGUGGGUUGAUCCGUGGCAGUCUUAUCAUGCCGUUCCAGUGUGCAAAGGCCUUUAGUUGGACAUGUACAUAAUAUUUAGUGGAUGAGUGUCUUUUUAGCUGUUAAUUUGAGAUAUAAAACAGAAAAUAACUUUUUGGAAAAGUAAAAAAGGUGUCCCCUAGACCUACAAUGACAUUGUGCAAUAUUACAAUAAAAAUAUUGUGCAAUUAAAAUGUUUCUCGCAAAAAAUCAUUGCGUAACCUUCUAUACUUAACCUAAACAUUAAAUGAAAGAAAUAAUAAUGAAAUAAAAUAAAAUGCACAAUACCUAAUAUUGCGCAAUAUAAUUGAUUGCCGAAUGAGCGCCUUAGUAGCUAAGUAACAUGCGCAUGGUUCAAAGUCAAAGUCAGAAAAUAAUUAUUUCCGGUGGUGUCGUAUUGUCGUCCCAUCGCGCUAUGAGAGUGAAGGAAUAGUGAGUGCACCUGUGUCCAAGCAAAUGUUCGUGCACUAUAAUAUGUCCUGCGCAGCUGGCUGAUCUCCUUAUAUGAGAACAGCCGCCGUGGCCGAUAAUCGGCUAGGAGGACAUUAUAGUAAACUGCUAUAGCUAGUUAACUGAUGAUUGAAAAAAACGGCUUUCAUUAAAAUAUCUCAAAUUAAAGCUAACAAGACAUUCACAAAAUUCCUAAUAAACAAUUAUUCCAUUAACCAAUUGUAAUCAAUUGUAAAACAAUUUUUAAUUUAUUGUAAUCAAUUAAUUGGUUAAACCUAUUUAAAUUCAAUGUGUCAGAAAAACUUAUGUACCUAUUUUUUUCCUAAUACUCUUUUUUUUCACAUGGUCUUUAUUUGAGUAGGCACUUAAUUAAAGUUAAACAAUCUUGAUACUCGGACUUUUUACACAAAUACAUACAAAAUUAAUUUUAUUCAGUGUGCAAACUUUGUCAACUUAUAGUUAUAUAAGUUUUAUAGACACGUAUAUUUUUAUUUUGUUGCGUUUUAGUACAAAAAAGAAUAGCUAUUGAUAGCGAAAGAUGUUUAUUUUGUAACCGAUUGUACGGUCACAGUCGUCACAGUAGGCGCGGCGGCAACGCGAAACCGGUUUACUGACGCGAGCGCUGCUCCAAGCGCGUAAGAAUAGUUGGUAUCCAUAUUUUGCUGAUUUUAGGGGCGGAUAUAAAAAUGAAAAAAAGAAUUACUGAUGAUGCCGAUAAUAUCAGUAAUUUUUAUGUUCUGUUAAUGAUUCUGGACCACCAGUUUUUUUGCACUGCUUAAAAUUAAUUCCUGUAUAAAACAAAUAAACUACUGCUUAAAAUAAUUAUUUAAUUGAUUAAUUUUAAUGUAAUUUAUUUAUAAACUGAGUUUUUGAAUAAAAAGUAACAAUAUCAAGAUUGUUUAUCUCUAGUUAAAAUGCCUACUCAAAUAGAGUAUAGUUAUUUCAAAUAUCGGCCAAUGUUAAUAAUAUAUGAGAUCUGUGUUAUUGAUAUUAAAUAAAUAUUAAUUAUUAUGAAUUAUAAAUCGUUUUGUUGACUUCUCAGUACACGAUUUAUAAAGUUCAAAGGAUGCUAUAUACGAUUGAAUUACUAGUAUUUAUACAUUCUUCAUUUCCAUUCAAUCGUAUAGCUAUUGAAUAAGUAGGCAUCCUACGAAUGUAAAUAUUAUAUAUAAUUGGAAAAUGGUGUCAUAAAUUCAUCAUUUUAUACCUAUUAUUAGCAUUAUAUAUAAAAAAAUAUGUUGAUGCUCAAAACUUUAAAUAAAUAAAGUGAUAUUUUAAUCACACCAUUAUACUGACACUAGUAUUUUGUCUUUAAAUAAGUCGAAAAAUUGAAUUGUGCGGACGGCACGAUUAGUAGGUCCCAGCUGUCAUUUGAACAUCUUUGGCAGUCGUUACGGGUAGUCAGAAGUCAGUAAGUUUGACAACCAGUCUUACUAAGUAGUAUCAGGUUGCCCGUGUAACUGGUUUAAGUAGGCCAGAUAGGGCAGUCGCUCCUUGUGGCACACUGGCACUCAGCUACAUCCGGUAAGACUGGAAGCCGACCCCAACAUAGUUAGGAAAAUUCUAGGCAGAUGAUGAUUUUUAUGAAGAAAUAAAUCGACAAAACGAUUUAUAAUGUCUACCAAUAAUAAAAAUCGAUAAAUCAAUGCAGAUUGAAAUGACAUGUAUUCAUAAUAAACUGUAGCUGUUACUAGUUUAGUGUUUAAAGCUUUAUUGAUGGAAUUACAAGCUUUAUGUCUAUUUAGAAAGAUUUUUGGGUAUGAUGGGAUACACUAAAUAUCUGUUAUUAUUCAAUAAAAAUAUCUGUUUUACCUUAAUCUUGAAAAAAUACUCUGUUUGCUCAAUGGUCACUACUCCAGACUGCCGACCGGAAGGUUCCAGGUUCGAUUCCUGGUACGAUCAAGAUUUGUCUCAUGAGCAUGUUUGUUGGCUGUGGUUUGGGUGUAAUAAUAAUAAUAUUCCUCUAUAAGUAUUUUAAGUUAUAUUAACACCCAUAACACAAGUCAUAAGUAUCUUACCUUGGGUUAACCAACUGUGUGUGAAAGAUGACCCGAUGCAAAUGCCUAGCAUAGCAGCCUUACUUAUAAAAAUCUCAAAUCACCUUCUUAGCAACAUUUUAACUAAUCACUACUUAAAGUCUUAAGUAGUAAUUAAAUGUUAAUUAAGAUAUGCUUAAGCAACGUUAAUAAGUAAGAAUUUUCUUAAACAGCUCUUAAGUAUUACUUAUUAUUUAAUUUACGUUUAUAAGUUAGGCUGUUGAUCACAAUGUACAUACAUGGUUAUAUACCAAAGGAUGAUGUAACUGGGGUGAGAAGCUGGAGAUAGGCAGUCGAUCAAUGGCACACAGGAUUUUAUAGUGUUUCCUAUCGUGCUCAACUAAACUGGUAUAAUAAUAAUAAUUUAAUUUAAUCUUGGUGCUAUGGCGAUAGGUACAGUUUGAUAUAUUAAAUAAUGUAUGCAUUGAGCAAGCGUGGUGAUUAGUGUUCAAUCCUUCUCCGUGAGAGAGGAGGAGCCCAGCAGUGGGACGAUAAAAAGGCUGCAACAGUAACAGUAUGUAAAGAAGCCAGCAUAUUCUGCUCUGACAGUCGUCUUACUUACUAUAUAAAUAUAUAUAAAUUUUAAUAUAUCAAACUGUAUCAUUAAUAUUCUCUAGGGUUCUUUCAAAUUGGACGUUUCGUGUCGGCACCGCAACCGCUAGACAAGCCAAAUAAUAUACCUAUGUAAACAAACGUCCAAUUUGUAAGAACCCAUAUUGUUAAGGUUUUUUGGGGACAAGAAUAAGCCAUGGUAUACUAUAAUUUGAAACUGAAAAUGUUAAUAAAUACUUAAGUGGGAGGGAUGGGGGGGCGUUUGUAGUAUUUAUUUUUAAUCGACUUCUCCAAAAAGGAGGAAGAAUUGAGAAAAUUCGACCGCGUAUAUAUUUUCCCUUAACAAAUUACUAGUAAAUUAUCUCAAAAUCUAUGAACUAAACUGUACCGAGAAAUGUGUAAAAAUAUUCGUUGUAUAUUAUAUUUUUUAAAUAAUGAAUUAAAAAAAGUAGAUUUGUGUUUAUUUUUUGUAAAAGCAAAUAUUUUUGCGAGUUUUUUUUCUGCUUUGCACAAAUUUGCGUGAAGUCGUCUUGUAUAACCGACUUGCCAAAAAGAAGGUUCUUAAGUCUAUCUGUUACUGAUAGUAAUGCAUGUUAAUAUUUUAUUUUCUUAAAAGACGACUUCUCAUUGUAAUGGUAACAUGUAUAUACAAUGUAUUACAAUAAUUAUGUAAACCGUUGAUUAUUUCGCCUUUGUACAGGCUGCACAUCAAGCUACUCCAAUCUUUAUUUUCUCCCAAUCAACGUUGAACCUUAUACCUUAGAGAUAAAGUUGAAAAUCUAUUAAAGAAAUACGACAGUCUAGCCGUUUUGUUUUCACCAGCGUCCCGUGGGAACUACUGCCCGUACCGGGAUAAAAUAUAGCCUAUGUUACUCGGGAAGAGUGUAGCGCCCCAACAGUGAAAGAAUUUUUUCUAUCGGUUCAAUAGUUUCAGAGCCUUUAGGGUACAAACAAUAAAAUGUUUUUUCUUUAUUAUAUUUUAUACUACAGAUUGUAGUAGCUUGAUUGGCUAAAGUCUGUACAUUAAUGCAUUUAUUUAUAGUUGACAUUUAAUAAUGCAAUUAAUCAAUGUUAUAUUAAAAUCUUUAGUCAAU